AUGUCGUCCACCACGGGGGUAUCCACCCUCAUCGCUGGCAUGUUCCUCACAGGUUGCGCCAACAGUCUCUUGACCAAGUACCAGGACAAGCUCUGCGUCGAGAACUGCGAUGGCAGCGGCCCCCGCAUCGACUUUGAGCAGCCCGUCUACCAGACACUCAACAUGUUCAUUGGCGAGUUCCUCUGUGUCCUCCCGCUGCUGUGGAACUACCUCAACGCGCCGACAAAGGGCCGCCCGUCGUACCUCUCUCGCCUGCUCGCUCGCGAGGGCGAGGAGGGAUACAGCCCUGUGCCAGCCGAGGCCGACGACGACGACGAUGCCAGCGUGUCGAGCACCGAGACCCAGGUUGGACAGACGCGCAUGCGUGGAUUUGCCGCGUUCUGGCUGUGGUUCCCGGCGUUCUUUGACAUCUGCGGCACGACUCUUAUGAACGUUGGCCUCAUUCUCACUCCUGUCUCGAUCUACCAGAUGUCGCGUGGUGCGCUGGUGUUGUGGGUCGGUCUCCUGUCUGUCCUCUUCCUCCGCCGCCACCUGUUUGCAUACCAGUGGGCAUCUCUCGUUGUCGUGACGCUUGGUGUCUGUCUCGUUGGUCUGGCUGGCACGCUCGUCAAGAAGGCUACCAUCGGCGAUGGCGAUGAGCCUGCCGACCUCGUCACCCGCCUUGUCUACGUCGCCACCUCGACGCGCGCCGAGGACGACCCCGCCAAGGUCGCACUCGGUGUGGCCCUCAUCCUCUUCGCCCAGAUCUUUACUGCUAGCCAGUACGUCAUCGAGGAGAAGAUCAUGUCCCACUACACCAUCGAGCCCCUUGCUGCCGUCACCCUCGAGGGCAUGUUUGGCGGUCUUACGACUCUGAUCGGCAUGCCCAUCCUGCACCUGCUCUUCGCCAACAAGUCGCCCUACUUUGACGUCCCGCGCGGCUGGCACCAGAUUGUCAACAACCCGGCCGUCAUGUGGGCCUCGUUCGCCAUUGCCCUCUCGAUUGGCGCGUUCAACUUCUUCGGUCUCUCUGUCACCUCGCGUGUGAGCGCCACCACCCGCUCGACCAUCGACACGUGCCGUACCCUCGGUAUCUGGAUCGUGUCGCUGCUCAUCGGAUGGGAGACGCUCGUGUGGCCAUACUCCCUCCUCCAGAUCACCGGCUUUGGCAUGCUCGUCUACGGCACGUUUGUGUACAACGGUCUCCUGCAGCCCAUCUUCUUCACUGUCCCCCCCGCGAUCCAGCUCCCAGAGGACGAGGACCCCGAGAUCCCCAUCAUGCCCGAGCACACUUGA